GUGACGCACGCAUUUAUGUUUAAUUAGGCGUACUUGGCACACGGCACAAUUCAUAGAUCUGAGGGAAACGUACCACGCGACAUCUUAAGCCUCAAGCGGAGUUACCUAGGGCCAGAACGCAAGUAUGUCCGCUAUGCUGGUUGGCCGGCAAGGCCUAGGUGUGGCGUGCUCUUCCCGCACGCAGUCGAAGCUAUUUGCGAAGCCCCAGCCGGUGCAGUCGCAGAGGGCGAGCAUCGUUGUGCGGGUGACCCAGCAAAGCCCCGACACUAAGACCGUGAUCACCAAGACUACCCCUGGCGAGCUGCCGCUGCCAUGGUCUGAGAAGGAUCCCUACAAGCUGCCCUCCUCUAUCGAGAAGGUGCAGCGGAUGCUCUUUGCGCUCGGCUGGGAGAAGCCUUGGAUUGAGCAGAUUGUGGACCGCACUAUGAAGGGGAUGCUGCGCACCACCGAGGAGCGCGCCAAGGGCGUGGUUGACUACCUGACCAGUGUGGGCCUGAAGCAGGAUGAGAUUUGCAACAUGGCGUCCAUCAGCGUUGUGCUGCUGGGCCUGAACCCGGAGACCCGCCUGAAGUCGGUGGUGGACUACCUGAAGCGGAGAGGCGUGCCGGACUCGGGCAUUCCCGACCUGGUGCUCAAGCACCCGCGCAUCUUCGAGUACAAGCUGUCCGCGGACGGCUCGGAGCUGGUGAAGGGCCGCGCCCGCAUCCAGGUGGACGUGGUGCCCGUGGGCGCCAACGGCGAGCAGGCGUGCGCCGUCAACUACUUCCGCGAGGGCGCGUCCUUCAUGGAGGCGCCCGUGUCGCCCGUGGGCCCUGUGCGCGCGCCCUAAGCGGCUGGCGGCGGCGGCGAUGUCAGCAACAGCAGCAGCGGCAGCAGCGGCAGUCGGUGUGGCGGGUGCGGUGGCUGUGGUGGAGGAGCUUUGGUGCGGCGGCAGGUGGUGUUUGAGAGGCGGAGCGGCUGGCGAGCUAGCGGCGAAGCGGGCACAGCGCUGGUGGGCGAGCGGCUGAGUUUGGGACUACGCAGAAGCUGCAGCGGUGCGCCCUUGGCCUAGGCCUGCCACGGCAGCGGGCUGACCGUAAUGUAUGGCUGCGCCCGGUGGGGAUGCGCGUCAGGGCGGUCCCCGGCGCGGAGCAGCCGUUGUCGCUGUCCUGUUUCGUAAAACUAUGGUUGCGUGCAACGAGCUGUUGGCGGGGCCACGCCGUGCGUCUCAAGGCUGGGGAUGCGGAGACGCGGACAGUGCGAUUGGGUCUCAAGUCAGGCUGCUAACGGUUUCAAGCGGAUUUCGAACGCGUUUGUGUGGCGUGCCGUGUCACCUAUGGCGUGUGUACGGGUUAAUCCGUGCUUUCAAAUGGGAAAGCUAUUCAGGUUGCAGUUCUAGGCGGAUGUCACAAGGCGGUGUGGAACUGCCGCGCAAGGACCAAGGUAGUGGACGAGGAGCGUUUUGGGCGGACACGGGUAGGCUGCUAGGUCAUAGCGGACUGGGUGUGGUGUAAUCCUCUUCCACGGUGCAUGCCAUUCAAGUGCCACGAAGACGCGGUGAGGAGGCUCUGGAGGCAGUCACUUGUAACAAAAUUGCGAG